AUGCCGAGGGGAGAGGCAUUGGUGGAGGCGCUCCGAAAAUUGGUGGUGAUCUCGAAAGACCCGAUGCUGCGGUCGACGGGCUUGGUGAGGGAAUGCUCUCUGCGUGUGGAAAACGUUGGGCACGAAGCGGGGGAGGGGACGGAGACUGAGGAAAAGGGACGAACCGGCGGCGCGCUGGGCACGAGGAGCGGAGAGCUCAGGCCAAGCACAGAAGAAUCGGAAGACGAGCACGCAGCUCUCUGCGGUGAUGCGAAACUGUCAACUGCUACUGCUGAAUGGUGGGGGUGGUUGCAGCAGAGUGUUGAGGGCCAGCAAUGCGUCUCUGGAGGUGCAAUGAAGAGCAGCAAAGCGUCAAGCAGUGGGUGUCUGCUGGUGCCCGACGGAAAGGAGAGGGUCGGGGAGGCGACUCGGCGCAGGAGGGGCGUGCUGGAUCGCGGGGGUGGGGUGAGCCAAGUGAGUGGCUCGCAGGUGCCGUGGAGGUACGAAGCUCUGCUCAACAGUGAGCCGUGA